AUGACGACUAUUUUCACCAACGGACACUUAUUCACAGGAAAGGGGGCGGGAGAGGCAGAGGAUGCGUCCUUUGCGGAAUGUAUGGUCAUCCAAGACGACACCAUUGUUCACGUUGGGCAGUCGACAGAUGGCGUGGUUACCCAGGCCAAACAGAACGGUGCUGUCGUUCAGGAUCUCCAGAAGAAAUACGUGCUUCCUGGUUUCAUUGAUGGACACAUGCAUCUGCUUCUUCUCGGCCAGGCGCUUCAGAAACUAGACUUGGAUGGGUCAAACGAUUUGACAGGAAUACGGGAUAGGAUCAGCUUGUUCGCCAAGCAGAAUCCAAAUGUUCAUCGGAUUCUGUGCAAAGGAUGGAUGCAGAGUAUGACUGACAACGAGGCAUUGGCGUCAAUGCUGGACGAUCUUGAUCCCCGGCCAAUCUACAUUGAUGCCAAGGAUCUGCACUCGACAUGGUGCAACACUGCGGCACUCCAGGAACUCAAGAUCGAUGAAAUGGGUGAUAUUGAAGGUGGUACUAUCCACCGCGAUAAUAAUGGCAAACCAUCGGGUCUUUUGUCUGAGGCUGUGGUCUUUGCAGUCGUCUGGCCGUACCUUGCGCGUGCAGCAUCGAUGGAAGAGAAAUUGAAUGCGAUUAGAGGCGCGAUCAGUGCAUAUACUGCUUCCGGGUACACGGGUUUGGUAGACAUGGCCAUGGACGAGAACACAUGGGAAGUUCUUCAUGUGCUGCGACAGCAGCAGCCGGACAGAAAACUAAAUCUGCGUAUUGCAGCGCAUUGGCUGAUAGUGCCCUCAGCAGACUCUGAAGCAGACCUGAAGCAAGUCGACAGGGCAAUUGAGCUUUAUGCCAAGUAUAACCUAGAUAAUUCGCCUGAUUUCCGCAUUGCAGGUAUCAAAGUCAUCUGUGACGGGGUGAUUGACGGGUGUACAGCAGCACUCCUAGAGCCGUAUACCCUCAACGGUGUGUCGUGCGAACCCCUCUGGCCCCAGGAAAAGCUCGCGCCUGUCGUUAGCCGUGCGAUCAAAGCAGGACUCCAAUGCGCGCUCCAUGCGAUAGGCGAUAAGACGGUGCACAUGGUCCUGAACGUGCUCGAGGAUCACGGUACUCGCGAUGGUCGACACCGAAUCGAACAUCUCGAGAUGACGACUGCUGAAGAUGCAGCACGAUUAGGAAAACUAGGCAUCACAGCAUCGGUGCAACCGGUACAUUCAGACCCAGAUAUUCUGCGCGCAUGGCCCUCAUUGAUUGGAAAUGAUCGAUGUCGCCGUGCAUUUGCCUAUCGUGACUUUGUCGAUGGUGGUGCCCCCUUGGCUUUUGGGUCUGAUUCCCCCACGGCCCCGUUCAAGCCUUUACCAAAUGUAUAUACGGCAACCACGAGACGAUCGGCUCGUCUUCCCGAGUCUGAAGAGACGGUUAAUCCACAUUUUGCCUUGCCGCUAGUUACAGCCUUUACGGCGGCGACUACGGGGGCUGCGUAUGCAUGUUUCGCAGACAAGGUAACGGGAAAAUUGGAGAAAGGUUUGAAGGCAGACUUUGUGGUGGUUGAUAUGGAGUGGUCAAAGGAGAGAUUAUUGCAUGCGACUGUGGAUGAGACUUGGUUUGAGGGGAAAAGAGUCUUUUAAUCCAGAAUAUUCAUCUUGUAGUCUCGAUAUCUGAAGCUUAAAUUAGAAAAGCAGAGAUAUGGUAUC